AUGUCACCCUCUACGACCCCGAUGACCUUCUACGACAUCGCCCUUGCACCUCCAGUCACAAAACACGCCUGCUCCCCAAAUCCCUGGAAAAGCCGCUUCUCCCUGAACUUUAAAAACAUCCCCUACAAAACAACCUGGGUACCCCUGCUCGAUAUCACCUCCGUCCGCGCUCCUCUCGAAAUCCCCGCCUCGCGCAAAUUCGCCGACGGAUCCCCCUACCACACCCUACCCGUUCUCUCGGACCCUGCAACCGGACGCAUAGUCGGUGACUCCUUUGAAAUCGCGACAUACCUGCAGGAACAAUAUCCGUCAUCGGGGGCGGGGGAUUUGUUCCCAGCGCAGGAGCUGGACUUCGUGUUUGCACACGACUUGGGGAAUCACCCGCCAAUUGCGGAGGCACAGGGAGUGGAGGGACCUGCUGCCGCGUACGUGAAGUUUAAUACGAAUGUCGAUGCUGUGUUCAGUGCGAAUGCGCGUGUGAUUGCGCAAGGUUUCCCUUUUGAUCCUGCUGUUGCGGAGGAGUGCAAGGCGAUGUUCUCGAAGAGAGUGGGAGUGCCGUGGGAGGCUUUGGCGGUUGAUGGGGAGGAGAAAGUGGAGUUAUUGAGGGCGUUUGAGGAGGCCCUAGUCGAUAUCCCCGAGCUUGACUUGCCUGGGAACCACGGCCUCUUGAGGACAGCUUGGUUUCCAUUGGUGAUGACCGAUCCCGCUUUGUUCUCUGUCAUUAUGCUUCUUGCUGCAUCGCAUUAUGCCUCCCUUCAGGGUUCUCCGGGCAAUAUGAAAAUCGACCUUCUCGGUCUUCGCUACGAAGCUGUACUAUCCAUCAAUCGCAGCCUUGAGCUUCAACGGCCAGAGACUGUACAUGAUGCUUUGAUAGGGGCUAUAGCAAAGAUGGCAAGCUAUGAAGCCAUGUUUGGCAGUCUCGAGAAUUACUAUAUUCACAUGCAAGGUCUUGCGCGACUCAUUGGUUUACGGGGGGGUCUCACAUCACUAGGGCUAAAUGGCUUGCUCCAUCGGAUUGUAGUUUGGAUUGACCGCAACUCCGCUUUCUUGUAUGCAUCGCCGAUGUAUUUCCUAGUGGAUACCACUUCGUCGAUUCAACCUCCGCCAGAUCCUAAUCCUGGUCAAUUUCUUGCAAGCUCCUGA